ACGGAUUUGACCGAAGAAACGUGCAGUCGAACGGCGUUCUGCAGCUGCCAAAAAGAAGGACAUCAUGGACAAUGUGACUCUUCGUUCGUCGGCCGAACUAGUGGCCCGAUUCACACCGUACGAUUAUGCUGUGUUCGUUUGCGCUCUACUGGGCUCGGGCGCGAUCGGCCUGUACCAGGCUUUUGCCGGCGGUUCCGGAGGCAGUCAGUCCCUGCAGGAAAUGCUGACCGGUGGCCGACAACUGCCCCCCGUGCCCGUCGGUACGUCGCUUAUGGCGAGCUUCAUAUCGGCGGCCUAUCUACUCGGCAACGCAUCCGAGAUCUACACUGACGGCACCAUGUACUUCAUGGUGUUCCUUUCGUACUUUCUGGUGAUUCCGGUCACGGCGCAUCUGUACAUGCCUGUCUACUAUAACCUCAACGUGUGCACUGCCUACGAGUACCUGGAGCUGAGGUUCAACCGACCUAUAAGGUUCAUCGCGGUGGCGAUGUUCACUGUACAAAUGGUAAGCCCGGCUCUCUACUUGAGCGUCUCCCUCUACGCUCCAGCCCUGGCGCUAUCGAAAGUGAUGGGAAUGCCAUUGUGGGCAGCAGUGGCUCUGAUCGGAAUCGUUUGCACAGUCUAUACCAGCAUUGGCGGCAUCAAAGCAGUGGUUUACACAGACACCUUCCAGUGCGUCGUCAUGGUCAUCGCCUUCAUUGUGGUGGUCAGUAUGGGCUUCCAGGAAGUCGGAGGAUUCGAGAAUGCCUGGAACAUCGCCAAGCAGGGAGGACGCGUCGUGUUCAACAGUGCGAGCUCCAAGCUGAACGUCCGCCAUACCAUCUGGGGUCUCAUAAUCGGCGCUUGGUUCGCCAACUCUGCCAGCUACACCACGAACCAGAUGAUGGUGCUACGCUACCUGACCGUAAAAACUCUCACCAGGGCGAAAAUAGUGGUGUGGCUGAACCUGCCGUAUUUGUGUCUAAUCCUGCUGCUGAGCUGCCUCAGUGGUCUGAUGAUAUACGCUCGCUACGCCACCUGCGACCCUCUGCUGACGAAAAGGAUCGACACUACCGAUCAGCUGCUGCCAUACUUUGUGAUGGAUGUACUCGCUGAUACUACCGGGGUGGCUGGCGUGUUCGUGACGGGAAUUUUCAUGGCAUCACUUAGCUCCGUAUCUUCUGGAAUCAAUGCAUUGGCCACUGUUUUCUACGUGGAUGUCAUUGCAAUUCUCCGGCCAGGCAUCAAAGAAUCCACAGGCUCCCAUAUUAUGGUAGCCCUGGGUGUGUUCUUCGGGAUACUGUCCAUAGCAUUGGUCGCAGUGGCCGAGCAGUUGGGAGACGUUCUUGCGGCACAGUCGGCGAUCAACAGCGGACUUGGGGGCCCACUGCUCGGCCUCUUCUCCAUGGGUGUAUUCAUUCCGCAUGUCUCAUCGAAGGGCGCCAUGUUAGGCCUUCUGACGUCAUUGGGCAUCUCCCUGUGGAUAAGCAUUGGAAGCCUGGUCAAUUCACCCACCUACCCGUCGCCGCCGCUCUCAGUGGACGGCUGCCCCGCGCUGUACCGAAACGUCACCAACAGCUCCGAGCCCUACAUACACCCAAUCAUUACCGAAGAGAACGUCGGUGACGGCGUCUACUCGCUGUCCUACCUGUGGCAAACGUUGGUGGCGUUCCUCGUAAGCUUCGUGGUCGGCAUUCCUGCCAGCUUCUAUGCAACUGCAAACGAUCCCAAGAAAAUGAACCCCAAACUGAUUUGCCCCAUCGUGGACGUCCUGUUUCCGUACCUUCCGGACCGAUUCAGAAGACCUUUCAGGUUCAACCUGGGAGAGGAUUACGUUGCGCCUCAGCUUGAGCAGCAGAGCCAACGCAGAAGUCAGUCACAAACCAGCGUCAAGACGACUGUACCACCGAUUGACCGGGACCCAAAGAUACUGGGCCAGAACGUGUCCUACAUCCAGGCGCUCACGGAGAAGCUCUUCCCGGGCGCUGCCUUCCAUCCCGAGGAGCCUCUUCGCUAUGACUCGACAUUCACUGCGAGCUCACCGUUCCCGCCUCCAACCGAGGACGUGUCCCAGCCACCGCCAUUUCUGCCUCAAGUCCCCCGAAGAAGGCACUCCAGUUACCGUAGUAGUAAAAACGAAUCCUCGAGGAUGUAGGCACAUCCCUUUGCUGAACGGCUUGCGAGAGAGAAGGUAUAAUUAA